CAGCCGACCGCAGGCAGCACGUGAUUGUGAUUUUGGGCACGGCACUGCCAUACUGCACCUGGUCUCUGUACAGAUACUCAGCACAUUGGAUCAUAGUCAAUAACAAUACCAGGACGAACUGCGUCGACCUCUAGCAAACCUUACCGGAUGCAAUUUUGACAUCCAGGGUCGAAGUGCAUCAUGAGGUGGUAUGGGCUUCUGGUCGUGCUCUCAUAUGUCCUCCUUCCAGCGAGCGCCAUCUUCGCAGACGAUGCAUUCCAUGUAGACUAUCACCAUGCCCUCCUCGGAAGCCCUCAAGCGCACGCUACCUUCUUCCACAAGCCUCAGACCUCUACGAAUGCUUCUCUUCUAUACACCAUCUCGGAUAAAGGUGUGCUGGGGGCUGUGAACCCUAAAGACGGUUCUUUACUCUGGCGCCAAUCACUCGCAGGCCGUCCAGUUGAUAAUGCGUCCACUUCAUUCCUGGUAGCCGGGGAAAGAGAUGGUCAAAUUAUCAGUGGUUAUGAUAGAACUGUUUCCUGUUGGGAUGCACUGAAUGGACGUCUCAUCUGGGAUUACAACGUUACUGAAGGGAGCACGAUCCGAGGGUUGCAGGCGAUUCCUGUCGCAGGGUCAGGCCCAAGCGGCCUUCCUCAGGACGUUCUUGUUCUGGCUUAUCCUGAGCAACCCGCCGCUCACGCAACUCUGACCCGGCUCGCUGGUGACGGCAGCGGAGUCAAAUGGCAGCAUGAAGAUUCCAGUCUCUCACCCGGUUCCUCUGCUUCAAUCGCGACAUCUUUGCAGCACGUCUACUACAUCACCAAGUCUCAUGGCUUGCUCGCAAGUAACAAGGCCAAGGUUGUCACGUUGAAUGGCGCCACUGGCCAUGAGGUGGGACAGCACAGUGUCGCUGUCGACUCAGAACCAUUAGGGGAUGGUGGUCACUACUCAAUGGGGUCUUGGUCCGCGUCCCCCUGCUUGGUAUCCGCCGACAGCUCCUCCAAGUCGCUUAGAUUCAGCUUUCUGGAAAGUCCGAAGGUUGCGACCCUUGCACUCGACGACAAAGGUGAAGAUGUGGAGAGUAUAACAGUGCAUCAUGCCCUCGGUCGGGAUGCUCUGACACACUUCCUCGUUCAUGUCAGAGGAAAGACGCGCGAAUGGGCGGAAGUCUACCACGUGGACCCCACGUCCGGAGAAGUCUCGAGAGCCUAUGUUUUACCAGCCACUGAAGAGAAAAGUGCCUUCGCCGCAACCAGUAGCGGCUCAACUGUGUAUUUCACGCGCAGCACAGAGUCCGAAGUUAUUCUGUAUUCGUCUGAAUCCCAUGGGCAACUAGGUCGAUGGAGGAAGACGAAAUCCAGCGGCAUUUCAGGCAGCUAUCCAGUCCAUGCUGUCGCCGAAGUUGUGAGCAAGGGAGACGUUGCCUUUGCUCUCCGUCUUGCCGAGGUAUCAACAAGUGGUGAUUGGUCCUUGAUCCGCAAUGGGGAGCUACAGUGGACCAGGGCGGAAAUGCUGGCAUAUGCAAAGAUUGCAGCAUGGGGGGAAGACGAAGGUCCGGACCAUUUGGUCGAAGAGCUCGACCUUGAGUCCUCGGUUAAUCCUUUGACGGCCUAUACAAACAGGAUCAAGCGCCAUCUCACUGAUCUCAUGAACUUGCCCGCUUACCUGCAAAGUCUACCACAGACCAUUUUGAACUCAACCCCUGAUUCGGACAAUGCUGCUCGCAGAAAUCUUGUUGGGAGCAAAACAGUCAUUGUGGGAACUGUGCGAAAAGAGUUGCUUGCCCUCGAUGUUACCAACUCUGGCGUCCUCAAGUGGCAAACGGAUCUCUCCAAGCAUAUGGAAAACAAUGCCGAGAUGAAAUCCAUCAUUGUGGAUGAGGGACGGGCUCGCAUUUAUCUCUCAGAUGGCGCUCUAAUCAUCGUCAAUGCUUCCGACGGAAGAGUUCUCGAACAUCACGCCGGGAAGUUCCCUAUUUCGAACCUGGUUAGAAUACCUGGAACACCUGCACCAGCAGUAAUCGAGGUCGAAGCAGACGGUGCACCCCGGCUUGCAGAGAUCUCUAGUUCCAUACAGCCCCUGGAAGGCAGCACUGUGGUAACAAUCAGUGAUGAUGGCACGGCUUCAGGCUGGACCAUCGGCCAGGGAGUCGAAAAGACUUGGAUGCUCGCCCCGCGGAAUGGGAUGAAGUUCGUGAAUGCUGUAGCUCGAGCAGAGCAUGACCCGGUGGCAUCAAUCGGCAAGGUCCUAGGUGACCGAUCCGUCCUAUACAAGUAUCUGUCCCCGAACCUGGCGUUGCUAAUUGCCGAGUCUCAUUCCGAUCUAACGGUCUACUUGGUUGACGCUGUUACUGGAGCCAUUCUCCACACCGCAACACAUCAAGGCCUGGUGCCGGGGACUGACAUUCCUGCCGUCAUUUCCGAAAACUGGUACGCUUAUGCCUUUACCAGUCAAGACCCGAUCAACGGAGGAAUUGCCACGCAGAUUGUGAUAUCUGAGCUCUACGAGUCGUCAACUCCCAACGAUCGAGGACCUUUAGGUUCACGAACGAAUUUCUCCGAGUUUUCAAUCGAUGCAGGGGUUCGACCGCAUGUCAUCUCGCAAGCUUAUACCGUCGCCGAGCCAAUCUCCAAUCUGGCUGUUUCGCAGACCGCACAAGGCAUCACCACGCGACAAGUGCUAGCGACGCUACCAAACUCAAAUGCAAUUGUUGGUAUCCCCCGUGAAGUACUGGAUGCUCGUAGACCAGUGGAUCGGGAGCCGAAUGUCACGGAACGAGAAGAGGGCUUGCUGCGGUAUUCCCCAAAUAUUGAGCUGGAUCCUAGAGCCUUCCUAACACAUUCGCGGGAAGUGCUCGGAAUCCAGAGAGUCAUGGCAUCGCCGAGUUUGCUGGAAAGUACCAGCAUUAUUUUUGCCUUUGGGCACGAUGUGUUUGGCACACAGAUUGCGCCCAGUAUGGCAUUCGACGUGCUCGGAAAAGGAUUCAACAAAUUUCAGCUUGUUCUCACCGUGGUGGCUCUGUUUGCCGGGGUACUGGCUCUCCGACCUCUGGCACGGAAAAAGACAGUGGAGGCGAGGUGGAAGCAAUAAAAGCUGGAUGGAGUUCGGCCUGUGCAUGGGAUGGAAACAGCUCGACUGCAUGCAUGAUUUGAAUGAUGACUUGGGCGGGGAUGUGCAUGGUUUUUUCACUGACCCCGAAUACCCCCGUUGAGAUGGCAAAAUAGAACCCGUUGUGCUGCGUACCACGGCGAGAUCUAUUGUUGCUGUAGUGCCGCGUACAACAUUGUACAAUACUGGAUAGUCCUGAUGAGUUGAUAAGGUACCUUGCUCUCAAGGGCCAAUGCUGUACAAUGUAACUGUUGCCCUUUUAGUAGCCG